AUGACGAAACUCACAGUUACAACGUUAAUAGGCAUAAUCAAAGACAAAGCUUCUCAAAGCAAAGCUGCGUUACUCUCAAAACCAACCACUCUCUCUCUCUUACGCGUCACAUCUCACAACUCCUUCUGCCCUCCAACUCACAAACAUGUAUCCACGCUCCUCUCUUCCACGGACAGAUCACGCGCCACCGCAUCGGAUUUUAUCGAACUUCUCAUGGACCGUCUUCAGAACACAAACGACGCUGCUGUAGCACUCAAAUCUCUCAUCGUUGUUCAUCAUAUCAUCAGCCAGGGAAGCUUCAUCCUCCAAGAUCAACUUUCUGUUUACCCUUACACCGGUGGGCGAAACUACCUUAACCUCUCGAAUUUCCGACGGAACACAAAUCCGACAUCAUGGGAACUUUCUUCCUGGGUUCGAUGGUUUGCUCAACACAUAGAGAAUCUUUUAUGUACUUCACGAAUUUUAGGAUUCUUCUUUCUUAGAAACUGUUUAUCGGACGGUGAAGAGAGAGUUUCGGGUAUUACUAACGGUGAUUUGUUGAAGGAGUUUGACUCUUUGGUAACUCUGGUGGAGGGAAUUUGCAAGAGACCAGAUCGUGCUUCGGAUUCCAACGAAAACAAGAGAAGGAACACAAACAAGUUGGUUGAUGAGAUAGUGAAUUUGGUGGGUGGAGAUUGGGUGGUGAUAGAAACUGUGGUGAUUGUUGAAGUGAGAGAGUUUAAGGAGAGGUUAGGGUGUUUGGAAUUUGGAGAAGCUGUUGAAUUGGUUUGUUGUUUGAAGAGAUUGGAAGAGUGUAGAGAGAGGGUGGUGAUGAUUUUGGAGUUGCAACAAGGGUUUUGGGAUUUGGUGAGAGAUUUGAAGGAGAAAGUUGGAAUGGAGGUGUAUAAGGAAAAGGGUAAGGUGCGGAAAGAAGAAAGAAGAUUAAGGUUUAGUGAGUCGGAACGGUUUUCUGAUCGAGUUGUUAGUUCUCGUGAUUUCAUUCGGUUUCCCUCUGGAAGGUUUUUGUGA